AUGAAGAUCCUCAUCACAGGCGCUGCAGGCUUUAUCGGCCAACUUCUUGCGAAAGAGUUGCUGAACGAUGCAUCGCAUCAAGUGGUCCUCACAGAUAUCCAUGAACCAGGCGUCCCCGAGGGCGUCAAAUACCCGCAGAAUGCGACCGCCAUCCAGGCAGACCUCCUCACGGGCGCCGACACGGUUGUCGACGCCUCGCUGGACGCGGUCUACGCGUUUCAUGGCAUCAUGUCGUCCGGGUCGGAGGCUGACUUUGAGCUCGGCAUGAGCGUCAACGUCGACGCGACCCGCAUCUUGCUGGAUGCGCUGCGCCGGACCUGCCCCGGCGUGAGGGUCAUCUACUCGUCGAGCCAGGCCGUCUACGGACUCCCUCUCCCCGAAGUGGUGGACGAUUCAGUGAUUCCCACCCCGCAGUCGUCGUACGGCGCGGAGAAAAUCAUCUGCGAGACCCUAAUCAACGAGUAUACAAGACGGAAGUUCAUCACGGGUUUCGUGCUCCGGUUCCCCACCAUUUCCGUGCGUCCGGGUCGUCCGACGGCCGCAGCCUCCUCGUUCCUGUCGGGAAUGAUCCGCGAGCCGCUCGAUGGCAAGCAAUGCGUGAUUCCGAUCGAAGACCGGGCGUUCAAGUCGUGGCUCUGCUCGCCUAAAACGCUGGUCUACAAUCUUCUCCUCACGCUGACUCUGCCGGCCGAUGCGCUACCCCCGCAUAUCCGACAGCUCAACGUGCCGGGAAUCUGCGUCACGGUCCAGGAAAUGAUGGACGCCCUGGAAAAGGUGGGCGGCAAGGAAAAGCUCUCCCUGCUCACUGAACGAGAAGAUCCGGCCCUCAAGCCGAUCCUGCUGUCCUGGCCCACUCGCUUCGAUAACCGACAGGCUAUUGCUCUCGGCUUCAAGAGAGAUUCUUCUUUUGAGGAUGCAGUGCGGGACUAUCAACAGGGGAUGUAA